GAUGUGAUUUUGUCGAUAUUACUGAAUUGUAACAUUGAUUGACAUAUGAUGGCAUAAUUCAGCCGGUGACUAGUCUAGUUUAUUAUCAUUAUAUUGAAUUAAACUAAAUAUUCAAAUGAAUAUUAGUCCAGGAAGUGUCUAAAGUUUUGAAGCAAAAUGUGUGGAACGUAUUAAACUAUAAAAGACUCUUUGGUAACGUAUUUCAUCACCGAUUGCAACUUCGUCAUCUAAUUCCUUAUCGGUUCCGGAUAUAUUUUUGUGAUCGGAAUGAGUUUUCAUUAACGUUGUCAGAAUUAAUAAAAAGUUAACAAUACAUAGAGUGGCAUUUCAAGGGGAAAAAUACAAACAAUUUCUUAACUGCAAAUCACACAUAUAUGACUUAACCAUUGCUGUGUGAAAAGGCGAAAUCCAGAUCGGACAAAUAUACCAGAACUAUUCGAUCGUCUCCUGUACUACACGGACCCGACUACACCCAAGUUGUAACAAUCAUUUUGCAGAGCAGGUACGCCUCGACAGGUCAAAAUGGGGGCGUGUACAGGAUGUGGGCAGCUUGUCUUGGUGCUCAUAAAUAUUCUUUUCUCAGUUGUAGGUAUUGCGCUUCUGGUGGUGGCCUGUCUGGUCAGGUUCGGCUCGGGCGUGUUCGAUUCCUACCUAGAGGACGGGUAUACUGAGUUUAAGCUAGCCGUGGAAAUCGCCACCAAGGGUAAACUUGACAUUAGCGGCCUUGACAUUGGGGACAUCGUCGGGGACGCCGCUAUUGCCUUCAUCGUCAUCGGUGCCUUUUUCUUCGUCCUCGGGAUAUUCGGAUGUUGUGGGGCAAUCUGCAAAGCAAAGAGCCUGCUUGUGAUUUACGCUGUGGUUCUUGGGGUCAUUUUCUUGGCUGAAGUCAUAUUUGUUAUACUUCUGUUCACAAUGAAGUCAAAGAUAGACGGAUGGAUUCAGGGGCCGUUAGAAGACACUCUGAAUGAGAAGUACACCGGAAGUAACGGCUCUGACCCCUUCACACUCACCAUCAACUUCGUCAUGAGGGAGUUCGAGUGUUGCGGAAUAAAGGGUCAGGGCGACUUUAACAGCACGACGAGCUGGCGACGGCCCGACCCGGCCAUGGUGGUUCCUUAUGUGUGCUGCAUGGACACCAAUGAUACAAACUGUGUCACAAAUCCUACCAGCAAUAAUUCUUACACAGAGGGUUGCUACAAUACUGUAAACAAUUGGCUGACAGACAAUAAGAACGUUCUGAUUGGUGUAGGGAGUGGCGUCGCCGCCGUGCAGAUGCUGCUUAUUAUAUGUUCUGUCGUCAUAUGCUGCCAACGUCGGCGGGAGAAACUUGACGACAGCUAUGACAGUAAAGACGAUAUACCGAUACAGCCGUACAGGAGGGAGUUACCGGAUCCCCACGGGCACAACAAUCCCGGGUACCAUGGGGCCGGGUCCUACCCCGACCUCCACCGGGAGCCGGGCGGAUAUGGAGCGAGGGAGACCGGAUUCCCACAAGACAACCUGGACGAACAACCACGAGGCCGGGGCCACUCGCAGCCCUACCAGGGACGGACGGACUUAUACACGGGGCCACCGGAAGCGUAUGGCGGGGACAGACGUUAUCAUCGAUAACAUAGUUGUUGACAUUUUGAUUGGAUUGUAUAUAUGUUAUUGUAUUGUGAAAUCGUUGUAUCAUAUAAUUGUUAUAUAUUAGUGUGUACAUUAUGUUUUGGAUACGUGAAAGACAUAUAAUAACAUUUCAAGCAUGUUUUUUUAUUUACAAUGUGCAGUUGUAUUUAAUUGUAACUUUAAAGCUUAUAUUUAAACAAUAGAACAUCAUGACACCAAUUUUCUUAAAAUGUUUAUUAUUUAAAGUGACUCCCUUAUUCAAAAUCAAUACAUACACAUGUAAAACAAACAUGAAUUUUGAGUGAUAAACCUUAAACUACUUACUUAAUAAUGCAUUUUGGAAAAAAAUAGGUACUGGUAACAAUAUUGUAACCUAGCUUGUACUUAAUGGCUGAACACGCAAAAAUAUUAAAUGAUUGGUGAGUGCUAAAAAAUUUAGUUCGAUCUACUUUUGUCUCAUAAGGUAGAAAUACCGUGUUUUCUGCACCUUUCUUUCAAAUUUAACUCGGUGUCCUUCAUAAGAGCCAUUGUUUUCGACAUUUAUUCAUCCCUUUUGGUAUAUUUAAACAUUUCAACGGUAUUAAUUGUGGUAAAUCUGUCUUGGGAAAGAGUGCAUCUUUAAGGAAUGAUAACUUAAAAAUUCAAUUAAGGAUGAUAAAAUAUCAUCUGAGUGACCAUUGUUGGUAGAUUUGCAAAUAAAAGUGGUCUAAUAA